AUGUCCACCAAGCCCACCCCCGUCCCUCCAUCCCUGGCAGAAACAAUCCGAUCGAGGAAAUCGCAAUACUGUCGCUUUGCAGACACCCAGGACUUCGCGUCCUGGGCAACCGUCUUCUCUCCCAGCGUGACCGCACAAUUCUGCGAUCCCCAGGGCUCUGUCGUCAUUGAAAACGGAGCCACAUAUUCAUUCGACAACAGAGACCAACUAACGAUCCAUGUCGUCGGCAGUGGAGAGCUGCACUUUGUGGAUGGGACAGACGAGCAGGGAAUCAGUGCGAUCUGGCCGGUUAUCUAUCAUGCUGCGAGUCAUGGAGUCUCAGGAGGCUGGAGCGGCACAGGGGGAGGCCAUUAUUAUGAGACAUGGGGAGUGGAAGACGGCGAGUGGGUUAUCAAGAGCUUGAAGUUUGUGAGAGGGUACUGGAGGGUGCAAAUAUUUGAUCAGGCUUGA